AUGGUGCGACCUCGGGGAAGCUCAGCCUUGGGCGUGGACAUCCGAGGCGAUACUAGUGCGCCGGCGAUGUCCACCAUGAACGAAGUGAGCCCGAUUGAACCACAGUUCAAUGGUGUACCGAAACCAAAGACGACAAAACGGCGUCGCGCCCGCUCACUCCUCCACCGCUUCGCUGAUACCUGCCUGCGAUACACCUGGUUGCUGCCGCUACUCGUGAUGCUGUUCCUGGUCGGGCUGUACGUCAUCAAUCCUACACCCUCGAACCCCAUGCACAGCGCCAUCUUCCUGUCGUACCCGCAAGGUCCCAAGACUCCCGGUGGUCCGAUUAUGUACGGCAAGGGUAAAAAGGAUAUCGCGUUCGUGGCGUUCUACACAGUUGUGCUGUCGUUUACGCGCGAGUUCAUCAUGCAGCAGAUGAUCCGCCCAUUCGCGGUCUGGUGCGGUAUUCGGGGCAAGGGCAAGACGGCACGAUUCAUGGAACAGAUGUACACCGCAGUGUACUUUGGGGUGUUUGGACCGUUUGGACUGUAUGUGAUGAAGCGCUCGACCAUCUGGUACUUCAACACGACGGCUAUGUUCGAGGGAUUCCCUCACCGCGAGCACGAGGCGGUUUUCAAAGCCUACUAUCUCCUUGAGGCUAGUUACUGGGCACAGCAAGCUAUUGUUCUCAUGCUGCAGCUGGAGAAGCCGCGCAAGGACUUCAAGGAGCUUGUUGGACAUCACAUCAUCACCUUGGCCCUUAUAGGGCUGAGUUAUCGCUUCCACUUCACGCACAUGGGUCUGGCAGUGUACAUCACUCACGAUAUCUCCGAUUUCUUUUUGGCGACCUCCAAGACGCUCAACUAUCUGGAUGCGUACAUCACUGCGCCGUACUUCACCAUGUUCGUUGGUUGGUGGAUUUAUCUGCGUCACUACCUCAAUUUGAAGAUCCUCUGGGCUGUCCUCACUGAAUUCCGUACCGUUGGACCCUUCGAACUCAACUGGGAGACUCAACAGUACAAGUGCUGGAUCAGUCAAUACAUCACGUUCUCCCUGCUUGCCAGUCUACAGGCCGUCAACCUGUUUUGGCUCUUCCUGAUCCUGCGCAUUUUGACCAACUAUAUCUUUACCAAUGUGACGAAGGAUGAGCGCAGCGAUGACGAGGAAGAAGAGGAAGAGGAGAACACUGUUGAGACCAAUGUUGAGACCAAGGCUAUUGCCACAGGCGCCGACCAGGGCAAGGAGAACCAUGCUCCACAGGUCCUGGUCAACGGCGAACCAAUCGCCGAGCAGCGCGGACCUCGCACGCGCAGCCGAAAGGCUUGA